AUGUCUGUUUCAUCAGAGAAAACAAGUUCUCUGGCUAGUCGUUUUCGGGAUAACCUUCCUUCUAUUUUGAAGAAGUCACGACAUACUGAGAUUUGGGGUGUUGAUUUGAAGCACGCGGAGCGACAGGUACUGGAGGUCAUUUUGGAAAAGUUUCUCGCAACCCAUUCCGCAAUCCCCGCACUUCAGGUCUCCAGGGCAAGUGUCUCACUUGAGAAGACUUUGGAAUGGCGACGCUACUGUGACCCGAAGGCUCUCCUCACCGAAGCAGAGACCAUUCUUCCGGACUUGGACCUGUGCCAUAUCACUCUAAAUGAGGGCCAAUAUGUGCUGUGGGUUAGCAUUGAUGAGAUGACGCUCAAGGGAUACGCACCAAUGCACAGAAGCCUGGCGACGUCUCAAGGGUUGGUUAAUAUAGGUCUUGCUGUAAUGGAAAAGCUUUCCCUGCUUCUGUUGCAUGCAGCUGCUAGGUCUGAUCUACAUCACUAUUCAGCUUCCUGUGUGGUUGAAUUCAAGAUACAUGCAACCCAACAUGUGGAGAGAGUACAUCAGUACUUCCAGAAAAUGCUCCGCAGCGGCCUCGAGGAAUUGGUCACAUUGAUUCGGCAUCACUAUCCUGAUAUGCUGGGAAAGGCAUAUAUCAUGAAUCCUCAUGAAGAAUACCUCGCAUCUCUUGAUGUUGAUGAAGCUCUCUUGAGAGAUACGGUAUUGCUGAAAAGUCCAGAGGACCUGAAACAAUAUCUUGGCUCACAAAUCCCACCUCGAUAUGGCGGUAUUGGAGAAUCCUUCGCGGGAUCUGAUUUUCUCCGUAGUGACUGCCUUGCGAGUGAUCCAAAGGACAACACCGGGCUUGAGACCCCGGAGACCAGUGCGGCAGCAAGUUUUGAUAUGGAGAAGACUAGGGUAGAAAAGGAAACGACAGCUUCCGCUAUGACAACCAGCUGCACCUCUUCUGAAGAGGUCAAAACCGAGGAGCAAAAACCUCGCCUAAUUUACUCAGAAGUCAUUGGACCUCCAUCUAUCAUACUCGACCCUGGCGAUUUGCAGACAGCAGACAACCUUGACAAAAUGGGCGCGCGUGUUGUUUUCGCAGACUCGGAGACAAUUGUGAAAUUCGGCCAUGGUGUUGGCUUAGGCGAAGCCGAGGCGUUACAUUUGGCAUCUACCCGUACGACCAUAGCAACACCAAAGCUUCUCAGUGCAUAUAUCCUUGACGAUAUUGCAUACAUCGUAAUGUCAUAUGAAGCGGGCGAGCCACUGGAACAAUAUUGGGACCGUGCUUCGCAGGCUGAGCAAGAUCGCAUACUGGGGCAAUUACGGGACUACGUGAACCAGAUGCGGGAUAUUCCAGGUGAAUUCAUCGGCGGACUUGACAGAUCACCCUGUCGAGAUGGCAUCUUUGAGGCCGGCUACGGCGACUACACUAAGUACAGCUACGGUCCAUACCAAUCAGAGGAAAGCUUUGACGAAGGUAUUAUUCAAGCUUUGCGAGAUCGAUUGCCCCCGGAUGUGCUUGAACCUGAACAUGACAUCGAAUCAACCUUUUUCAAUACCGAGUAUGUGCUGUACCAGACGGUCCGAGGUCUCAAAAAUCACAAGAUCUUGUUUACACACGCGGAUUUACAUCCAGGGAAUAUCAUUGUCCGGUCUGAUGGCACUGUUGUUCUCUUGGACUGGGGCCUAGCUGGAUUUUGGCCGGAAUAUUGGGAGUUCUACCGUGCCAUGCAUACUUAUCAUUGGAGGGCUUCAUGGGGUCGCAUGGUGGAGAAAUUUAUUCCGCCCUUUUAUGUUGAGUAUAGUGUGAUGAGGAGGGUAUUCGCGAUCGCGUGGAAUUAA